AUGACGCGCGACAAAACUCUCGUCCUCGUUUCCAUGAUCCCUUUUGCUCUGAGCUCUCCUGAGAUGCAAGUCUCGGCCCCUGGUGUCUUGUCCUACGAAGUAUCGGCCGGUUUCCCCACGUCCGCCUUCUCGUCCUAUUAUCUGCCGCCCUCGACGACCCAGGAACCGCAGCCUGCACUCCAUGAUCCGGUUCUGAAUAUCACCUUCCCGCUCAACCUCACCGAUCCGAACACGAUACCCGAAAAAGAUUUUGACCCUGUGUUCUAUCCAAGCCCCAUUGGAGACCUCUCCUCAGGUGAGGUUGAAGCACUGUUCAAUGAUAUCCUUGCCAACAUCUCCACCAUCAUUGACGACGAUGGAACUGCCAAUAACUGCUCAAAAUGCAUUGCGGCACUGGAAGCCGCCAAACCAGCAGCCCUCUACGCUCCUGAUAGAGUUCCGGAUGCGAUGAUUGACAUCUGCAAGAAGUAUCGGCUGCAUUCGGACAGCACUUGCGAGGAGGACUUCUCGGCUCAUACAUUUGGCUCCAUCUGGACCCAGGUCUUGAGGUUUGCCGAUCUAAGCGGAUCUGAUGGUCAUUACAUCUGCAACUCGCUAAGCAGCACCUUCUGUUCCACGCAGAAGACUGCUCCCCUGGACACGACCGCGCUAUUCCCGAAGCCGAAGCCUGCCAAUGCCACAGCUCCGAGGGCUAGCGGAAACAGGGUCAAGGUGCUGCACAUGUCAGACUUCCAUCUUGACCCACGUUAUUCCGUGGGCUCUGAGGCGGAUUGUUCUGCGAGCAUGUGUUGCAGAACCAACGUGGAGAACUCGGUCUUCGGCUCCGGUCAAAUAUCGUUUCCUGCCCCUCUAUUUGGCGCUUACAAGUGUGAUACUCCAUACGAUCUUGGUCUCGCCGCUCUACAGGCGGUUGGACCGCUAACGGGAACAAGCAAGCAGGAGCCCUUGGCCUGGACAAUAUACACUGGGGACCUCGUUUCCCAUGAUCCGCAAAGUCAACUUUCUCGAGCUUAUGUUGAGUAUGCUGAGACCAGCAUCUAUGGCAUGUUGAAGAAGUAUACCACAGGCCCGGUUUUUGCGGCGCUGGGGAAUCAUGAUAGCAGCCCGGAAGCCGUUGAUUCUCCUCAUAACUUUCCCGGUCCGCUCGGCGAGCAACAGUCAUGGAACUACGACCACGUUGCAGGCCUGUGGCAGCAUGAGGGCUGGAUUGGCCCAGAGGAAGCCGCUGAGGCGCGCCUGCAUUAUGGCGCCUACAGCAUCAAGAACCACUACGGCCUGCGCAUCAUCACCUUCAAUACUGAUUUCUGGUACAAGUCAAAUUUUUUGACCCUAGUCAAUACCACUGACCCAGACAACUCUGGUAUGUUCAAGUGGAUGAUCAACGAACUUCAGGCCGCCGAGGAUGCAGGUGAACGGGUAUGGAUCAUCGGACACGUUCUCUCCGGCUGGGUCGGCACGAACCCUCUCCCGAACCCAACAGACCUAUUCUACCAGAUCAUUGACCGCUAUAGCCCUCACGUCAUCGCCAACGUCUUCUUCGGCCACACCCAUGAGGAUCAAGUCAUGAUUUACUACGCCAACAACGGUACUGUACGUGACGCCAAGAACGCUCUUACGUCCGGCUGGAUUGGACCUUCCGUGACGCCUCUCACAAACCUCAGCUCCGGUUUCCGCCUGUACGAAGUUGACACCGGCACCUUUGAUAUCAUGGACGCUUGGACCUUUGUUGCAAAUGUUUCUGCCUUCCCAGGUAUGAGCGGCACCGGGCCAACGUAUAGCCUGGAGUACUCGACGAGGGAUACGUACGGGCUUGCGGCCGACUGGCCUGAGGAGGCGCCGCUUAAUGCUACUUUCUGGCAUCACGUGACGGAAGCUAUGGAAGCAAACCGUACUCUCGUUAGCAUCUUUAAUACGUACCAGGGCAAGAGCAGCGUGAUGAGUCCAAACUGCACAAAUGACGCGUGUGCGGAAGCAAAGAUUUGCUACAUGAGGAGUGGUAGCGUGGCGCUUGGAAGUCAGUGUCCGCAGGGGUAUGGCUCGGUGCAGAGCGCCUUUAAACCUUCGUCUUAA